AUGGACAAACUCAAGGAGAAACUCAACAACCUUAAGUUGGACGCCGAGAAGUGGCAAGAAAAAUCGGACGAGUUGUCUGAAAAGAUCAAGGAGUUGGAGCAGGAGAACUUGGACAAGGACCACCAGAUCCAGGCCUUGACCAGAAAGAACCAGGUCUUGGAGGAGCAGGUUGAGAAGUUGGAGACCGACCUUGCCGAGGUCAAGGAGGCUGCCAACGAGUCUCACUCUCUCAAGACUUCCAACGAGAACUACACCAAGAAGAACUCUGUCUUGGAAGAAGAGUUGGAGGAGGCUGACAAGAACUUGAAGGAGACCACCGCCAAGUUGAGAGAGACCGACAUCAAGGCCGAGCAGUUGGAGAGAAAGGUUGCUUCCCUCGAGCAGGAGAAGGACGACUGGGAGAAGAAGUACGAGGAGUUGGACGAGAAGUACGCUGCCUCCAAGGCCGAGUUGGAGGAGAUCAGCCAGCAAUUGGAGGCCAUCUAA